AUGGAAAUGUCAACGAAUAUUGAUCACUGCAAAACAAACGGAAACGAAAAUAAUCAAGGCUGUAUUAUAUCCCUUGGGUCUCACGAUGGUCCACCGAAGGCGGACAAAAAGGAGUUCGAUUGCAGUCGUUGGCCUUUACAGUUGUUACUUAUAAGUAAUAAAAAACAAUUCGUUCUAAGGUGUCUGUGCCACAUUUUGUUCGUAGCUUAUUUGUUGACGGCCGUUAACCAUUGGUAUUUAAGUGAUAAAAUAGACAUGAACUGGAAAGACGGUUUAGGCCUAUUGAUUAUUAUUGCUACGAUGUAUUACAUCACGUGGCCACUCAAAUGGUUGUUUGCGAUCUUACCGAAAAUAACGCCGCACACACAUCUGAAGACUGGCUUGCUGUGCGUGUUUUUCACGUUGUUCUUUCUAUACAUUUAUUUUGAUACGAAAAACGACCGUCUUCGGUUGCUGCCAUUAGCCGGACUUAUCGCGUUAAUUUUCAUCGGAUUUCUGUUCUCCAAACACCGCGGACACGUGGACUGGACCACGGUUGCGACCGGCUUCGCUACACAAAUCACCAUCGGCCUGUUGACGAUCCGAUGGUCGGUCGGCCGGUCUAUAGUUCAGGCCAUGGGUCAGUUGGCCGAAAAAUUUUUCUCCUUCGCUUACAUCGGGGCCGAGGUGACAUAUGGUCACGAAUUGAUCGACAAUUACGGUGUAUUCGCGUUUAAGGUGCUUUCAGUACUGUUUUUCAUGUGUUUUUUCAUAGAAAUAUUAUUUUACUAUGGAAUUCUCCAGACUGUAAUCAUACGAAUAGGAUGGUGUUUGCAUAAACUAUUGGGAACCACGGCAAUCGAAUCAGUCUAUACGUGCGCUAGUGUAUUUUUAGGCAUGUCGGAAGCACCAAUUAUCAUUAAACCGUAUCUAAUCGAUCUAACAGAAUCUGAAAUACAUGCUGUUAUGAUGGGAGGCUUCUCAACAGUUGCAGGAACUGUGUUCGCGGCGUACACAUCAUUCGGCAUCGAUUCUGCAUAUUUAAUCACUGCAUCCGUAAUGUCGGCUCCCACUGCAUUAAGUUUUUCUAAGCUGAUAUUCCCAGAAACUCAAAAGUCAUUAACCAAUAUAGAACAGUUAUCUACUAAGAAGGUCUCCAACGAGAACAACGUUGUAGAUGCAGCUUGUAAAGGAGCUCAGUUCGGUUUGCAUUUAAUCGGAGCCAUCAUUGCUAAUAUAAUAGCAUUCGUGUCGUUCGUUGCGUUCAUAAACGCAAUAAUAUGUUGGUUAGGCAGUUUGGUCGGGAUCAAAAACCUUUCAUUCGAAGUUAUAUUGGGAAAAAUUUUGAUACCCGUUACUUGGAUUCUGGGCGUCGAUUAUAGCGAAUGUGAAACAGUCGGAAGAUUGAUCGGCUUGAAAAUGACUAUUAACGAAUUUGUUGCAUACAGACAAAUGGGCAAAUGGAAAAAUGAAAACAAACUCAAUCGCAAAUCUGAAAUCGUAGCAACAUUCGCUUUGUGCAGUUUUGCUAAUCCCGGAUCAAUUGGUUCCAUGAUUGCAACACUGACGACAUUGUGUCCAUCACAACGACCAGCGAUAAUUAGCAAUGUAUUAAGGGCGUUCGUCGGAGGUACAGUUACAUGUUUAUUGACUGCAUCGAUUGCCAGUUUAUUAAUGCCUGAAGAAGGGUUAUAAAACUGAAAUCGAUUUCAAUAAAUGUAUCAUCGUAAUGUUGUAUACAAUUUAUAAUAAUGUAUAAAUUCUUGUGUUCACUGCGCAUAUUGCUUACCACCCAUAAUCAUUACUAAUAAGUUACAUAUAGUAGGGAUGGUGAACGAGUAGACUGGUCGAUUGUGACAUGAGUUCGAAUCGGCCACGACUCCUUUUCAUUUUUUUUUCAUUUUUCAUUCGUUCAAAUAAUUUUUUUUUUUUUUUUUUUUGUAAAUUUUAUAUAUUUUUU